GACACUCGCUCCUCCGAUCCACCAUCGACCGCUCCCUGCGACGUCGUUGACAAUGUCCAGCCCACCCACGACCACCGCUGCAGGCCCUCUUCAUGCUCCAAAACCUGAACGGGCCUCUCCUCUGGCUGCAGGUGGACGUCCUCCAUCUCUCAACCAGCUUGCAGCGAGGAUGUCACUGAACAACGCCAACGCUGGAACAUCAUCCAGCAGCACUGCGUCCCGCCCCAGGCUUCCCGUCUCGGUCUUGCGCACGGGCAGCGCAGCCAGCACCCUGUCCGCCUCGACCAACGAUUCCAUGGCAGUGAAUGCACCGACGACCCGCUCUGUAUCUCCUGCUGCGACUGCCACGCCGCCCCAGUCCACCACUCCCUCCAUCCCUGAGGACGGCCCUCUUCCCCAGUCCUCGCUGUCCUCCUCCGUCACCUCGGGCGCAGCCGCCGAUGGUGCCGCCGCCGCUGUCGCAAGCAACGGCGAGCCCGAUCCGCUGACGAGCGACCGGCUCGAGCUGCACGACGCGGAGAACCCGCCCGCGCCACCCGAGAAGAAGGUCAAGGGGUACAAGAACAUUCCCAGCUUGGAUGCGAUCACGGCGAGGCUGGCGAAGACGCGCUCGCUGUCGAUCGACGGGAGCGCCCGCCCGCCCGAGGCGGCGAUGAUCGAGGAUCCGAAGACGCCCGGUGUGCCUGUGCGUGCGCCGGAGCAUCCGUUGCAGUUUGACUGGGUGAUCUAUCACGACACCAAGACUAAAGUGCCAUUCACGCCCGCGCCCGCUCCUGCCCCCGUUGUUGGCGAUGGCACCGCCUCCGGCCCAGCCUCAGCCUACCCGCAGCCCGUCGAGCGCGCAGACUAUGAAGCUGGUCUUACGGUUAUCGGCGAAUUCGACAGCGUCGAAGGCUACUGCCGCUACUUCAACUGGCUCAAGCCGCCCUCGGCGCUUGAUAAGAACAGCAACUACCAUCUGUUCAAGCAGGGGAUCAAGCCGAUGUGGGAGGACCCGUCAAACGCGUCGGGCGGCAAGUGGGUGCUGACUAUGAAGAACAAUAGCGCGCUGCUGGACCGCUGCUGGGCGUGGCUGACGAUGGCGCUGGUCGGGCAGGAGCUCGAGGAGGGGGACGAUAUUUGCGGGGCGGUGGUCAGUUUGAGGAGUAAGGUGGAUAGGAUACAGGUGUGGACGCGGAGCAAGGAGGAUGUGGAGAGGUUGAAUGGGAUCGGGAAGAAGCUCGUGAAGCUGUUGGAUGUUAGUGAGGCGGAUGGGAUUGGGCUGGAGUUCCAGUACAACACCGACGACCGUCCCCUCCCGAACAAGUUCCUGGCCAUUCAGGCCAUGCCCAACUCGACCUUCCGCCCGACUUUUAGCCAUCGGCAGUCGACCGGACCUGGUACGCCGACGACCCCUGGUGUACCCUUGGGGCUGCCCCCAGUCCAGGACAUGGGAAGUACACCUAUGGGUGCAGGACCGGGUGCGGGCGUGAGUAUGGCUCCAGGCGCAGGUGUGCCAGCGCCUGGUGGUGCCUUUGGGAGCUUUGGCGUUGGGAAUAUUGGUGGGUGGAGGGGGCGGAAGACGUGAGCGUGAAGAGGUUGGGUCGCCGUUUGAGGUGUUGGAAGGCUCUCGCCGUGUUUUCUAUUCGUGUGGUCGAGGUGUCGAGGUCAAAGCCCUGGUGCUGCGAAAAACAUGUAGCUGUCUAUCAUCGUUCAUUGACCUUACUACCAUCAUCAUUGACUUCUUUUCACUGUUAAACUCGCCACUUCGCGAUCCUUCGUAAUGUAUAUAUCUUUCCGAUUCCGCAUAUCCAGUCCGUGAACGUGUAGCAGCUGUAGCACUAGUAAACUUUUACUGUAACUUGAAUGAAUCGGCCAAGCGACUGGAGGCCAAUGGCGAGGGUCGUGGCUUAUUAUUCG